AUGUUUUUUCAUAUUUAUUUUUUCUUUCUUUCUUUUUUCUGUCUAUCUUUCUUUUUUUUUUUUUUUUCUUUCUUUAUUUCCUUCCUUCUUUCGUUUAAAUUUCUUUCUUUUUAUCUUUCUUUUCUUUCUUUUUAUCUUUCUUUCUUUCUUUUAUCUUUUUCUUUCUCUUUUUUUCGUUCUAUUUAUUUCUUUUUUUUUUCCUUCUUUUCCUCAUUUUCUUUUUAUCUUUCUCUUUUAUCUUUCUUUCUUUCUUUCUUUUUUGUCCUUUUUUUUUUUUUUCUUUUUUAUUUAUUUCCUUCGUUCUUUCUAUAUUUCUUUCUUUUUUUCUUUCUUUCUUUCUUUCUUUCUCAUUUAAAUCUUUAUGUCCUUCUCAUAUUACACUUUCUUUCUUUCUUUAAUUUCGUCUUUCAUUGUCUCGUAUUGUUCUUUUUCUUAUUACUCUUAGAUUUUUUUCUUACUUUCAUUUUUCCUGCUUUAUUUCUUCGUGUUAUUUUAGAAGACUUCUUUCCGUUUAAAUAUUUCAUCUUCUUCAUAUAUAUCUCUAACUUAUUUCUUUUUUAUUUUGCUUCGUUGUUUCAUCAUUUUCACUACUUUCGUUCUUCCUAUCUUAUCCUAGUUUUUAAACUUUCUUUCUUUCUGUUUGUCUGUCUGUCUACCCUUUUUAAUUAUUUCACCUUUUCUUUCUUUCUUUCUUUCUUUCUUUCUUUCUGUCUGUCUUCCGUUCUUUGUUUUUAUCUGUCUUUCAUUGUUUCUUUAUUUCCUUCUUUUUCUUUUUUUUACUUUCUUUUCUUUCUUUCUUUUUUUUUUUUUUUUUUUUUCUUUUUUUUUUUUCUUUUUUAUUUUUUGCUGUUUGUUUUUUUAUUUCUUUUCUUUUAUUUAUUUCUUUUUUUCUUUCUUUCUUUCUUUCUUUCUUUCUUUCUUUCUUUCUGUCUGUCUGUCUUCCGUUCUUUUUUUUUAUCUGUCUUUCAUUCUUUCUUUAUUUCCUUCUUUUUUUUUUCUUCUUUCUUUCUUUCUUUCUUUUUCUUUUAUCUUUCUUUUUCUUUUUUCUUUCUUUCUGUUUGUUCUUUUAUGCUCUUCUUUAUUUAUUUCACCUUUUCUUUGCUUCUUUCUUUUUUUUAUUUCUUUCUUUCUGUUUUCCGUUAUUUCUGCCUGUCCUUUAAUUAUUUCACCUUUUCUUUCUUUCUUUCUUUCUUUCUUUCUUUCUUUCUUUCUUUCUUUCUUUCUUUCUUUCUUUCUUUCUUUCUUUCUGUCUGUCUGUCUGCCUUACGUUCUUUGUUUUUAUCUGUCUUUCAUUCUUUCUUUAUUUCUUUCUUUUUCUUUUUUCUUCUUUCGUUCUCUCUUACUUUUUCUUCUUUCUUUCUUUUAUUUUUCCAAAUUUCUUUACAUUUCACAUUACAUCUCCCUAAAUUAUUUCUUUCUUUCAUUCCUUUUUGUUCUUUUCUUUUUUUUUCUUUUACACUUUUAAAUGUUCGUUCGUUUUUGCACAAUUUUCUCACUAAACUUCUUUGGUCAAUUACUUCCUGGCCUACUCCAUUAAACUUUCUUUCUCAACUGAAAUAUUUCUUCAUUUAUUCUUUCUUUAUUCUUUUAAUUCUGUCUUUUUACAUUUCGUUCUUUCUUUAUUUCCUUCUUUUUUUUCUCUUUUUUCUUCCUCUUUUCCCGUUUUCUUUCAUUUCGUCUUUCUUUCAUUCUCGUUUAUUGCAUUCGAACAUUCUUACUUUCAUUCUUCCAUUUUCUUUCUUCCUUUAUUCUUUUUGUUUAACUCUUUCUUUUUGCACAUCUUUUUCAUUCACUUUUCCUCUGUUCUUUAUCUUUUUUUACAUGAUUUCUUUCUAUUUAUUUUUUCUUUUUUUUCACAUUAAGUUUUCUCUUUCUUUCUCAUUUAAAUCUUUAUGUCCUUCCCAUAUUAUACAUUCUUUCUUUCUUUCUUUCUUUCUUUCUUUCUUUCUGUCUUUCGUUCUUUAUUUAUUUAUUUCCUUCCUUCCUUCGUUCUUUCUUUCUUUCUUUAUGUUCCAUCUUUUUAUCUUUCUUUCUUUCUUUUUAUCUUUCUUUCUUUCUUUCUUUCUUUCUCAUUUAAAUCUUUUUGUCCUUCUCAUAUUAUACUUUCUUUCUUUCUUUCUUUCUUUCUGUCCUUCGUUCUUUCUUUCUUUCUUUAUUUAUUUAUUUCGUUUUUUCUUUCUUUUUAUCUUUCUUUCUUUCUUUCUUAAUUUUUGUUCUUUCUUUUCUUUCUUUCCGUUUGUUUUUUAUACUUUUUUUUAUUUCUUUCCGUUUGUUUUUUUCUUUCUUUCUUUAUUUAUUUCUUUCUUUAUUUAUUUCUUUUUUUUCUUUUGUCUUUCUGUUCUUUCUUUCUUUAUUUUUUUAUUUUUUCUUUCUUUCUUUCUUUCUUUCUUUCUUUCUUUCUUUCUUUCUUUCUGCCUGCCUUGCGUUCUUUGUUUUUAUCUGUCUUUCUUUCUUUCUUUCUUUCUUUCUUUCAUUCAUUUCCCGUCCUAUCUUUUCUCUUUUUGCUUUGCAUAUUUUCUUUCUAUCAGUUUACAUAUUUCUUCUUUAUCCCCAUUUUACAUCUAUCCUUUUCUUUCUUUCUUUCUUUCUUUCUUUCUUUCUUUCUUUCUUUCUUUCUUUUCGUUCUUUCUUUCUUUCUUUCAUUCAUUUUUCGUCCUUUGUUUCGUUUCCUAUUUUUCUCACGAACUUCUUUCUUUAUUUCCUUCUUUCUUUCUUUCAUUGAUUUUUCGUCCUUUCUUUUUCUUGAAAUUUUACACGAUUUCUUUUUCGUUUUUUCUAUUUCAAUGUUUCUGUUUUUUGCUCAUCAUUCUCACUAAUUGUUUUCUUUCUUUCAUUCUUUCUUUCUUUCUUUCUGUUUGUCUGUCUACCCUUCUUUAUUUAUUUUACCUUUUCUUUCUUUCUUUCUUUCUUUCUUUCUUUCUUUCUUUCUGUCUGUCUGUCUGCCUUCCGUUCUUUGUUUUUUAUCUGUCUUUCAUUAUUUCUUUAUUUCCUUCUUUCUUUCUUUCUUUCUUUCUUUUUUUCUUUCUUUCUUUCUUUUUAUUUUUUCUUUCUUUCUUUCUUCUUGUUUUUUUUCUUUAA